AUGGACUUGUAUCAGUUGCUUUCAUUGCUGUCAUGGAAAGUUGUGGCUGCUAUGCUUGCCAUCUAUUGUGCGAGCCUGGCAUGCUACCGUCUCUUCCUUCACCCUCUGGCAAAAUUCCCCGGUCCCAAAUUGGCCGCUAUUACACGAUGUUAUGAAGGCUACUACGAUUUAAUUCUCGAAGGGCAAUACACCUUCAAGAUCGCCGAGAUGCACAAAAGCUAUGGUCCUAUAAUUCGUAUUAGCCCAUAUGAACUUCAUAUUCUCGAUCAUGCCUUUUACGAGAAACUAUAUGGCCAGCAUGAUGGUCGGGAUAAGUAUCAAUGGGCAUGUAACGGGUUCGUUGCUCCUGGUGCCACAAUUUGGUUCGUUCCCCGCGUAAUUCUCACCUCUCUCGAUGAACUCCAUCAAGCCCGCCGUUCGCCGCUCAAUCAUUUCUUUAGCAAGACCAAGGUUGCAGCUCGGCAAGACGUUGUUAUACGUAAUGUCGAAAAGCUCUGUAGUAUGCUCAUGCGUCGGGUCGGCAGCACCAUCAAUCUGGGCGCGGCUGUGGGCGCUCUUGUGCAGGAUGUACAGUGUGAUUUUAUUCUCAAUAAACCAUAUGGAAGUCUAGAUAAGGACGAUUUCAACGUUGCUAUAGCGAACAUGUGCCAGAGCGUGGGUAACCUGUGGCGCUUCUCGAAACAUUUUCCCCGGUUGGGUCUAGCUUUAAAAUCGAUUCCUGUUGAAAUGGUAUCCAAAGUGGCAAACGAAGACGCCAAGGUCUUUUUUAAGUUUCUUAAGGAAAUCGACAUCGACACGGAAAGACUUCUGAAUACUGCAUCCUCCUCCGGCGCCGAGAAAGAUUCGCCCCGUACUGUUGUAGACGAGCUCGUCGACUCGGAGCUCCUUCCUACUGACAAGUCCUUACCACGUGUUCUGAACGAAGUCCAAACCAUAGUUGGUGCUGGGUUGGAGACUGUUUCCGGAGUGUUGAGGUUGGUACUGUAUCAUGUUUUCAGCAAUCCCGAGAUCCUUCAACGUCUGCGAGCCGAGCUUCUGACAGUCAAGGGGGUAUCAUCUUCUAAUGAUAUCAUGGACCUGAAAAAGCUGGAGAAGCUGCCGUACUUGACGUCCAUUAUCAUGGAAGCCUUGAGGAUGAGUCCGGCGAUCGGAUCACGAAUGGCUCGCAUCGUUUCUGAAGACCUUCCCUACGAAGGCUGGAGCAUUCCGGCCGCAACGCCUGUUGGAAUGACAACGAUCCUGAUGCACUUCGAUGAAAAGCUGUACCCAGAACCGUACAGCUUUAUUCCUGACCGUUGGAUGGAUAUCGAGAAGCGUAAGAAGUUUAGCAAGAUCUAUGCACCCUUCUCGAGAGGGUCAAGAAUGUGCGCGGGCAUGUACCUGGCAUGGGCGGAUCUGUAUUUUACUCUUGCCGCCCUGGCUCUCCGGUUCGACUUCGAAUUCGAAGGCAUCGAGGCUUCAGAUUUCCGAAUGGUGAGAGAUGAAUUUGUUAUUGGCGUCAAAGCAAAAUCUGUGCUUAAUUGCCGUGUAACCAUGUGUGAAUUGUAA